CUUACCUGCUGGAGCUCAGAUGAGAAUAUAUUCAUUUAAUAAUUGCUCUUCCUUUCCUCUGAGAAUCCUUGCAGAUUGUGCUAAUGAGGCAGGCAAAGAAAUUCUCUCACUCUAACUGAUUCAUCCAACACAAAUGCCAUGGAUUCCUGGAUGUAGUCAAACCAGUUCCUCAGGUCUGACUCCAAGCAAGCAAAAGUCCUGUAGGUUCUACUCCUCCUGCUGCUCAAUCCAAAGUGAGACAGAUUCAACUCCAACAGUUUUAUCACACAACAAAGGAAUCAUCAGGCUGAACUGUGACUCUGCACUGCCUUCCCCACUUCCUUCUGAUUCCUUCAAGUAUCUCAGCUGGUGUGACAUAGAAGAACAUGAUGUUCGAGGAAGUCAGCUACGUUGUCCCCGAGUGAGAGAAGGGCCUUCAAAAGAAGAGCUGUUUUUCAGAGGAGAAGAGCAUGCUGUGAAAGAGAGAAAACAAGUAACUGACACAGAGAAGUGGCAAAAGAAACUGCAAGAGAACUGGGAAAACUGUGCUGAGCUGAACCUUUCCUUUCAGGACCUGGGUGAUCUUUACCAAGUGGAAAACUUCAAAAGGAUUCUCCGAAGAUUAAUUCGGGUGGAAAAACUUUGGCUGGUGGACAAUUCUUUGACAGAUCUAAGUGCCAUAAGGUUGCCAAGAUGCAGAGAACUAAAUGUCAAUAAAAACCACUUUACAUCCUUCAAACAGCUGCCAAAGAUACCUCAGAUUCAGCACUUAUCUCUUGCUGAAAAUAACAUUCUGACACUAAGUGGGAUAUCAGACUUCAGACAUACUCCACUUGAAUCUCUUAUACUCAAGAGGAAUCCCUGUGAGUUUCAAGAAAGAUACAGACAACUUGUAUUCUCCAGCUUGCCAAAUCUAAAAACCCUGGAUGGUAUUCCCAAGCUGCCAGAGGAUUGUUCACCCCCAGAGACCAGGGGCAUCUUCAGAAUGUGUACUAUACUCUAGCACCACGUUUUUGAAGGAUCACAGCUGUGCUAGAAUCACCUCACUUAAAGGACACAACACAUCCUGUUUAUGGGAGUUACUAUUUUUCUUUUGGGACCAACAAGAUAUUGAAGCAGAAAUAGAAUUCUUCUGAAUGAAUGUGUUUGUGAUACCACAGACUUCAAGCAGCUCCUGCUGGCACACAAAUAGCUGUGCCACUAAUGGUUCAGGAAAAGAAUGACAGAGUCCUGGAAAAUGAAGACAAUUAACAGAAUUGCCUAAUUCCAGAGACAGUCAAUAAAUUCUCUGCUGUAUAUUGGC